AUGUCAUACAGAGAGUUGUAUCAGAGCUUAUUCGAUGCCCAUGUGGUGUCACCUUUCUACUUGAAGCCUAUGCAACCCCCAUUUCCAAAAUGGUAUGACGCAAACACCCAAUGUGAGUACUAUGCUGGGAUAACGGGGCACUCGAUUGAGAACUGUACCGCGUUUAAAAAGUUGGUAGAAAAAUUUAUCGAAAUGGGUAUCGUAAAGUUUGGCGACCCAUUAGGACCCAACGUAGCAGGAAAUCUGUUGCCCGAUCAUGUUAAUAAAGGGAUAAACGCGAUAGUCGAGAGUGGGAGCAAAAGGAUCAAAGCUGACGUGGCAGAAGUAAAAACCCCAUUAAGUUGGGUUUUGAAACAUAUGAUUGAUGGAGGUCUGAUCGCACAACAUUCAAGGGAAAGGCCCAGAGAAGCGAGAAAAUACUGCGAGUUUCAUGUCGAUAAGAGCCAUGACAUUCAAGAGUGUAAUAUGUUCAAGUCCAUAGUACAAAAUAUGAUAGACAAUAAAGAGAUGGAAUUUUAUGAAGAAAUUAAAGGAUCAGAAAAAUGGGAGGUUUACGCCUCAGAAGAGGGAACAACAGUAGGGGUCCAAAGAGUUAAUCACCUUGGGGUGAUCAUUUCGCGACCAAAGACCAAUAAAGUAGGAAUACAAAUGGCACCGAGAGUCAUAAUUCAGAAACCCGUAUCUUUUCCCUACAAGGAUAGCAAAAGGGUUCCUUGGAACUAUGACUGCAAUAUGACAAUCCCGGGGGAAGAGAAUCCGACUAGUGCUUUAGGGGAGAGCCAAGAUGUAGGUUUUUAUAUACACAGUGGGAGACGUUAUGAUCCUGCGGGUACAAGAAUCGAAAUUGUCAAAGAAAAGGGCCCAAUAGUCGAGCAGAGGAAAGAGAAGACGGUGAGGCUCGAAUCGUUAAUUAACGAGCCAAUAACUAAAAAAGAGGCUAGAGAAUUCUUGAAAUUCUUAAAGCACAAUGAAUACAGCGUGGUAGAACAACUACAUAAGCAGCCGACUCGUAUUUCAGUACUAGCCUUACUCUUGAGCUCGGAGACACAUCGGAGCGCGUUAAUGAAAGUGCUAAACGAAACCUAUGUUGCGAAUGACAUAUCUGUCAACAAGCUGGACCGUCUGGUCAACAAUAUCAACGCCGAUAAUUUUAUUUUCUUUAAUGAUGAAGAAAUACCACUGGAAGGUAUGGGAUCCAGAAAAGCCCUGGAUAUCACCACUCGCUGUAAGGGAUAUACAUUUUCGGGAGUAUUGAUUGAUAAUGGAUCGGUACUAAAUGUCCUGCUCCUAUCCAAACUGAAUAGGUUGCCAGUGGAUAGUUCCCAUAUGAAGACAUGCCAAAACGUAGUGAGGGCAUUUGAUGACACCGAAGGGAAAGUAAUGGGGAGGAUUGAAAUACCCUUUCUAAUCGGUCCAAGCAUGUACAAGGUAGAUUUCUUAGUAAUGGGCAUUAAGCCCUCUUACAAUUGCUUAUUGGGAAGGCCAUGGAUUCACUCAGUGGGGGCAGUGCCGUCAUCGUUACAUCAAAAGCUCAAAUUUAUAACAGAAGGCCAAUUGGUGGCCAUAAACACGAAAGAAGAUAUCAUUGUAUCCGUUACCAGCGAUGCACCAUAUGUGGGGACAGAUGAUGAAGCCAUAGAAUGUUCUUUUCAGUCGUUAGAAUUUGUAAAUGCGACCUUCAUUGUUGAAGGAAAUAAAGUCCCGACGCCCAAUAUCUCCAAAACUACAAGGAUGAGCCUACAAAUGACGGUUGGGAAAGGAGCUUUGCCCUGGAGAGGGCUUGGAAGAAGCCUACAAAGAAGAAUCGAGGCACCCAUACUCAUGGACAAAUAA